AUGCAUUAUGAACCUGUCGAAGAGUUUGUUCCAUUUGUUUUUCCUCUUCGAAUUGAGAGGGAAUUAUGUUGCCAGAUAACUUUGUCAUGUAUUUGCAUUUUCAGGUGCCCAAGCCUUCAGGUCCUUUCAAUCAAGAGUUGCCCAAAUGCUACUGAUAUAUCAAUAUCUAAGAUAGCUGUUCAAUGCACCAAUCUUAGGGAACUGGAUAUCAGCUACUGCUAUGAGGUAUCUCAUGAGUCCUUGGUAUUGAUUGGAAGGAAUUGCCCGAACCUUAAAGUUCUGAAGCGAAACCUUAUGAAUUGGUUAGAUCCUUCCGAACAUGUAGGAGUUGUCCCUAAUGAGUAUCUAAAUGCUUGUCCGCAAGAUGGGGACUCAGAAGCUGCUGCUAUUGGAAACUCCAUGCCUUAUUUGGAGCAACUUGAAAUUCAGUUCUCCAAGUUGUCUGUUAGGGGCCUUACUUUGAUAUGUGAAGGGUGUCCGAACCUCAAGUACUUGGAUUUGUCUGGUUGUAUGAACUUGACUAGUAGGGAUAUUGCUAAAGCAUCAUUGGGUGUGAAGGAUUUGGAGAUCAAAAAGCCAAAUUUCUAUAUUCCAAGGUCGGCCUUUCACACGGAGAGGUAUGGCCAUUGGAGUUUGUAUGAUGAGAGGUUUCAAACAGAUGCUUUCCGAAUUUGAUCAGGCAAGCUGGAUAACAAAAUCAUUGCAAUUUGGUCAUAUUUGAGAAAAACAUCUUGUGUUUGCUGGUCUAUGUAGCUCUUAGCAAGGGUUCUUUUGCCAGGUUACAGUAUAUGUCUAUUUAGUCACCGUCAAAUGACAUAUGUGCUUCGGUUUCUGUAAUGUUUGUUCUGUUUGAUUUAUAAUCCAUUUGGGUAUCAAGAA